ACACAAAAGUCACUCAAUCAGAUUUUAUAGUUGUGAAACAAUAAUUUUAGUUUAACCAAUAUGUUUUCAAACGUUUUAUAGUUAUCGAAUAAAAUAUUUGAAUCUAAAAUGGCUCUCAGUCUAAGAAUUUUGAUGAAAAACAAUCUUAUUGAAAAUAUAACCAAGCCGGUAAAAUGGAAUAUAAAUCGAGGCUUUCCAAUAAGGAGAUCAUGCAGUGGUUUACGAAAUUAUAAUUAUAUUUUAGUGAAACCUAUAUUGAUAAGAACGGAAUGCCAACCUAUAUUGAAACCAUAUAGAUUAUGUGCCACGCAAUACAGUACAGACUCUAACAAGCCACCUAAGGAACCCGAAAAGAAACCAGGUAUUAUACAGCGAUUUAAACAAAUGUAUAAAGACUACUGGUAUGUAGUGUUACCCGUGCACAUGACUACAUCAGCUUUAUGGUUUGGAGGUUUCUACUACUCUGUAAGAAGUGGUGUGGAUGUGAUUGGGUUGCUGGAGUCUAUCGGCAUCAGUGACAAACUAUUAACACCUUUAAAAGAAUCAUCCGCUGGUUACUUUGCACUGGCCUUAGCGUUAUAUAAACUAGUAACUCCUUUACGCUAUGCAGUGACUGUUGGUGGAACCACAUACGCCAUCAGGAGGUUAACAGCGAUAGGUUGGAUAAAGCCUGUCCCUUCAAGGGAAAGACUAAAGGAAAUGAUUCAAGAGAGAAAAGAUAAUAUACAGGACCGAUUUAAUGAGAGCAAACAGCACUAUCAAACUCAGUUAAAAGAGAAAAAGACCCAAGUAUUAGAUGAAAUGAGAAGGUAUAAAACAGAAAUGCGUAAUAUGAAAAACAAAGUGAAGAAAAUGUAGAAGAGAUUUUUUUAAGGCUUUAUUAAGAUUUCCCAUUCAAAGUCGCUGAAACUUCUUGUCCUUUAUGUGCCGUUAUCUUGACGGUUCAAUUAGUAAAUUAUUAGCCGAUGAAGUAAAAUAUAUUUAUACAAUUUUUGUCAUUAUUUAUUGUUAAAAAAUAUAUAAAUACAAGGUCACUUUUAACAA